AUGGUGAAUGAUUUAAUCAAGCCUAUGAAAGAACGUGUACGCUUCUUAGUCGAACAUCGUAAUUUAUUUCAUUCGACCACUGAUACAUGUAUUCAUCCAUCGAACGAUAACCUACAAUCAUCAUUUGAACAACUUAAUUCUAAUCGAGUGGGAGCACAAUCGAAUGUUGGAUUUUCAAACGAUUGCGAAGAAAUUGAUCCAGUGGUCGAUUGUUCGAAGAAUAACGAUAUGAUUGACGAAAACAACAUCGACGAUGAACAGCCAUCGUUUCCAAAUAUUUAUGUUAUACCGGAUUUACCGAAUAAAAUCCAGCAAAUAGUUGCUAAAGAUGAAAUAAAUGAAUUUCGCAGUCACACAAACGCACGCCGACUUCUACUCGACACUAUUUUUAACGAUGUGACAACCAAAUACUUCACGUUAUAUCCUAACAGAGACCACUACAAAGCCAUGGGUAAAGCUAUACUGAAACUGUUAAACAUUCCAAAAACCAAUGAAGCAUUAGGCGAAUGGAUCGAAAGUCUCAAGAACAAGUUCAAACAGGAACGUCGUCCACUUCAACAAGUAUCAUCGGAAGUCCAAAACAUGAAGAUCAAGUACGGUCACAGUCUUGGUCGUCCAGUCAAGAGAGAUAACAAUGUCAUUGCGCCUCGUCGGAUAUCAUCGGCUGAGUUUUGGAACAGAAUAGAUGUAGACGAUGGCAAUGCAGAUUCAAGUGCCGACAUCGAAUUUAUGAAAAAUAUCUUGGUCAAUCCAAAUAUGGACUUGGAUGAAGCGAAAAUUCCAUGGAAAAAAAUAUUGGUUCAGAGAAGAACCUUCAUACGAGAUCAUACAACGAAAGAAGUUCUUGCUGAAUUUCCGGGUUAUCGUUAUGCUUCGUUAAUCUUCGACGAGAUUCAAUAUGUAUGUAACGUUGAUAUCGAACAGAAUUGUGAAGCUAUGUUACCAAACUUACUUGAUCUCGUUCCAGAUAACAUCGGCUUUGUCAAUGAUCUCCCACCUGUUCGUUUGAUAAAAAUUUUGUCCAAACAUUUUCGAGACUCCUGGCAACAGAUCUUAUCGAGCAAAGAACCGUUGUCUCCUCGUCCAUAUAUACAAAUAACUGCGGAUAAGUUUAUUAUGCUUCUUGACUAUGAAGUCGUUACUGAAACAUCCUCAAUAAAUCAAGCUGUGUGUAUUCUUAUCGCGCUGUAUGGAAUCUUGUUGCAAGAACCUGGAUCGUUAUCGAAACCGUUACGUCUUUUACUGAAUCAAUGGAAUUUUGUCAUCGAGAAAAGACGAAAACGAGAUUCUCAUUUGCUGGGAGCAUCUGCAAACGAGGAAAUCAUGCGAAAAACAGCAGAAAACUUUGCUCAAGAUGACGAUGGACAAGCUGCUCACUUGCGGGAUGGAGAAAAACAGGGAGGUGAUCAACUUGGAGCAGGUAACAGUCAGAGUUUAAUCACAGUAUCAGUACAGAUGGAUGAAGCAGAUCUUAUGAAAGAAUAUCCAUCAGAUUCCUCUCCAUCAUCACCAACUGAUUCUUCGUUUGUCAUUUGCCAAUCGUCAACGAAUGAGCAACAAAUCACAACAUCAUAUCCGUCAACUGAUUGCCCACAUUCAAAUGAUGUUCUUCCAACAGCAGAAAAACAAUUGACAAGAUCAGCUUUACCACUUCUGAAAGAAAGAGCAACGUGUAACACGAAUACAAAACGACGAACAUCGUCGAACUCAACGAAUCGAUCGUCUUCUAGCUCGAAGAAAAACACUUCUGCAGUACACAAACGUCCUGCUAGCCCCGACAAAUCGAUUGCUUCGCGUUUAAAACGUUCUCGAGUCAAAAGAGUUAGUUAA